AUGUACAAAGUCGAGCGGUUGUUGGUGCGCAUGAUCUACACUUAUGCACGCCUGAGCGGAGUGCUGAACUUUGAGAUUGACACGGCCACGGGACAGCCGCGCACCACACGCCGGGCCUCGCUCUAUGCGGCGUUUGCCAAUGUGCUGCUGUUUAGCGUUUUGCCCAUGGGCUACAGCAGUGGCCUGCUGGACAUUCUGUGGAAUCGCGUGGGCUUCCUGCACGAGUAUGUGAUACUCAUGGUGCUGGGACUGCGCAUCAGCUGCGUCUGUGUAACGCUGUUGAGUCGCUGGUGGCAGCGUGAGCGGCACAUGCGACUGGUUAACGAGUUUCGCCAGCUUAUCCUAGAACAUCCGGAGGUGAUAAGCUUCUGGCGUCGUGGCCUAAUACUGAAGUUCAUAAGCGUCAGCGGCAUGGAGAUUGGGCAAAUUAUUGUGGGGCUGCUCUCGGUGCGCGCAGCCUUCUCAUUCAGCCUGGUGGUCAUUCUGCUCAUGCUGAGCACCAUGACGGCGCUGCUCAAUAUAUUUAUAACUCACUUCUUCUUUGGCCUGUUGAACAUACAUGGCCACUAUGUGCUGCUGAAUCGCAGUCUGCGCUCUGUGAUGGCUCAGACGCGUGCGCUGGAGUCGGAGCAGCGUCAUGGCAGCUUCAUGAGCAAGUGCUGCAGUCUGGCGGAUCAGCUGGAGGAUAUAGCACUGCGGCAAUGCAGACUGCAGGCCUUGACCCACAGCAUGAUGCGCGUCUUUGAGCUGCAAUUAUUCUGCAUCUGGAUCGCCUACUACAUGAGCAAUGUGGGCGGCAUUUACUUUGCAGUCUUGAAUCAUAGAGUUCCGACUUUCGUAACCACGUGGCUCAUUCUGCUGAGUGGAGCUCAAAUGCUCUUCUAUAUCAUGGACACUACAAUUACAACCAAUAUGAUGUACCAAGUGCUGGAUGAUCAUGCGGAGCUGCAGGCACAGCUGGCAGAGCGCACUUUAUUCCGACCAGGCUUGGAUCAGCGCUUGGAAGCAGUUUACGAAAGUUUUCAACUGCAAUUGGCGCGCAAUCCGCUAAGGCUCAAUGUGCUUCACUUCUUCGAUAUCAAGCGCAGCGCUGUUAUAUCCAUGGCCAGCUCCAUGAUAACUAAUUCUAUAGUCCUCAUACAAUACGAUAUCAAAUAUGAUGAGUUGAAAAAUUCGUAUCUGGGUGUAUUAGAUCAAAAGCAAGAUUGA